CGGUGGGACAGCGACAUGGCCGGCUACAUCCAGCAGCCCAGCGGGCGCGGGAGCCCCGGCCCCGCGUCCUCGCCUUCCCCCGGCCCGGGCCCCGGACCCGGCGCCUCGGAGCGGGUGGCGCUUAAGAAAGAGAUUGGGCUACUGAGCGCCUGCACCAUCAUCAUUGGCAACAUCAUCGGCUCGGGCAUCUUCAUCUCACCCAAGGGUGUCCUGGAGCACUCAGGCUCUGUGGGCCUGGCCCUCUUUGUCUGGGUCCUGGGCGGGGGCGUGACUGCUCUGGGCUCCCUGUGCUAUGCCGAGCUGGGAGUGGCCAUCCCCAAGUCUGGUGGGGAUUAUGCUUAUGUCACGGAGAUCUUCGGGGGCCUGGCUGGCUUCCUAUUGCUCUGGAGUGCCGUCCUCAUCAUGUACCCCACCAGCCUGGCGGUCAUCUCCAUGACCUUCUCGAACUAUGUGCUGCAGCCCGUGUUCCCCAACUGCAUUCCUCCCGCUGCUGCCUCCCGCGUGCUCUCCAUGGCCUGCCUGAUGCUCCUGACGUGGGUCAACAGUUCCAGUGUGCGCUGGGCCACACGCAUCCAGGACGUGUUCACAGGAGGGAAGCUGCUGGCCCUGUCCCUCAUCAUCGGCGUGGGCUUCAUCCAGAUCUCCCAAGGACACUUUGAGGAGCUGACCCCCAGCAACGCCUUUGCCUUCUGGAUGACGCCCUCCGUGGGCCACCUGGCCCUGGCCUUCCUCCAAGGCUCCUUCGCUUUCAGCGGCUGGAACUUCCUCAAUUAUGUCACAGAGGAGCUGGUGGACCCUCGGAAGAACCUACCUCGUGCCAUCUUCAUCUCCAUCCCACUGGUGACCUUUGUCUACACAUUUACCAACGUGGCCUACUUCACCGCCAUGUCCCCCCAGGAGCUGCUGGCCUCCAAUGCGGUGGCCGUGACCUUUGGAGAGAAGUUGCUGGGCUAUUUUUCAUGGGUCAUGCCUGUCUCCGUGGCACUUUCCACUUUUGGAGGAAUCAAUGGCUACCUAUUCACUUCCUCCAGGCUGUGUUUCUCCGGAGCCCGGGAAGGGCACCUGCCCAGCCUGCUGGCCAUGAUCCACGUCAGAAACUGUACUCCCAUCCCCGCCCUCCUGGUCUGUUGCGGGGCCACAGCAGUCAUCAUGCUUGUGGGAGACACGUACACACUCAUCAACUACGUGUCCUUCAUCAACUACCUCUGCUACGGCGUCACCAUCCUGGGGCUGCUGGUGCUGCGCUGGAGGCGGCCGGCCCUCCACAGGCCCAUCAAGGUGAACCUGCUGGUCCCUGUGGCCUACUUGGUCUUCUGGGCCUUCCUGCUGGUUUUCAGCUUCAUCUCGGAACCCAUGGUGUGUGGGGUUGGCGUCAUCAUCAUCCUCACGGGGGUGCCCAUUUUCUUCCUGGGGGUGCUCUGGAGAAGCAAACCAAAGUGUGUGCACAGACUCACCGAGUCCAUGACACGCUGGGGCCAGGAGCUGUGUUUCGUGGUUUACCCCCAGGAUUCCCCUGAGGAGGAGAAUGGGCCCUGGCCAGCCUGCCCCUCGCCCGCCACGGACAAGUCCUUCAAGACACAAUAAGACAAGGUGUAGGGACUGAAGCAGCCCUUCUGUUUACAUGUUGUUUAUUGAGGAGGUUUUUUUGUUUUUGGUUUUUUUUUUUUUUUUUUUUUGCAAAAAUUUUUUUUUUCUGGAAAAAAACAAACAACCGAUCCGACUCUUAGAGGCCUGUGGCAAGGAGGUCCUGGCACUGCAGGGCAGGACCUCCUGGUUAGUACUGCCCUGCUAGCUUCUCCUGCAAGGGCCGGUCAAUAAACAGGACUGGCGGUUUGCUUGUGCUUGGCAGAGUCCCUAAUGGCGUGCCACCUGCCCCUUCCCCAGGGAUUCCAGGCUGGGCUCAUCUUCCUCCCAUUCUACCCCUACCCACCUCCAAGUGACUGUCGGGGGGAGUUCAGAGCGCACUGCCUUCCUGGGAAAGGAUGGGCACUGCCAUGGCCUCUGUCUCCUGAGAAGGCAUACAGCUGGACAUCCAGCCUGCAGGCGACUCCUGAGCUUCCUCUGCCCAGCCAACACCAAGGGGCGUGAGGACAGGGACAGAGCCUCCUAAUCUAGCUCCUCUGGGGUCCCCUGUUGCCAAGGCUCAGGUGGAAAGGGGGCUUCCAUGCACAGCGCUCCCCAUGGACAAGGUCCAGUGACCCCAUGGCUGCAUCCAGUGCUCACUAUGGCUUCCCGCACAGUCCAGGGAUGGGGGUGGGAACAGCUGGUGCCACCACAGAGAGAAGGAAGUGAGAAGCCACCACAGCAGACCCUGCAGGGAGUGGGCCCUGCCCCGCUUGUCUGGAUGCGGGUUUGCAGAAUGGAGCUUGCAGAAGGUGGACUUGGUGCACAAUACCUCUGGGUGCUCACACCUGCCUCUUUCCCCUGCACGG